UUCUGGUGAGCAAAGGAAGCUGCGUUGCCGACGUUACGCCGAAAGGUGGCCUAGUGGGAAUGUACCAUUAUUCAACGGACUGUUUUGGCGGCUGUGCCCCACUGUAAUAACUCGGACGUUGUUCACUCGGGACCGUUAUAAACGCCGGGUACAACUCGGCUCGUUUUUUGAAGAAAUGUCUUCCAAAAGAAAAUUGGGGAUGAAAAAAUGAGUGAUAUCCACCGAGCACCCCCCACACGAUGCGUCGUUGGUGUCGCCCAUUACGAAUUAGAGAGACCAUUAAAUGGAAACUACAAUGGAAGCUUGCUAAACAGGAAUGAACAUUGUCUUGAUAUAACUUGAUAUUAAUACAUAAGCUAUGUUUGAGUUGUUGGGAACGUAGGACUAAUUUGUCAAAUGUGUAUCUGAGAAUAGGUAUUUCACCGUAACUUAAAUAAACUACACAGGACUAUUUACUAAAUAGCUCGGUCGUCACGUUAUUUAUGUACGGUGGUUCAUUUAUCAAAGGCUAUCGUAGAUUAGAGCCGUAUUGUCGCGUCACAGGUUAUCGUCGUACCUCAGACGAACAUUAAAUGAUUUAUACUAUGAAUGUGGAAGAAUCACAUAUUUAUUAUUUUAGAUAUAUUAGACGUUUAAAAAAAAUGUAUUGAUAUUUGAGGAAUUGUAACACCUAGAGUUACUAGUUGUACCUUUGUUGACGUAUUUUAGGCUAAACGAUGGGUGAAUAUUGCGCAUCCAUAACACCUUAAUUAAGUGUAGCAUACACAUCAAACAUGUAAACACAGAUCUGCAAAUGAGUUCAGAAUUACUAUUUUCGAUAGAUCUGUGAACCCCCACUGGUGUAAAUAUGCUGCACGGGGGUUGAACGUAUAUGACGCGACUCUCAUUUUACGGCUCUGCUGUCGAACGUCUUUUAUGGAAACGCCCAUUGAAGGCGUCUUCGGUUCAGCGACCAAUAGGAUGCAGCCGUGGAUUUUAAAAAACAGCCGCGGGUGCUCGUAGGCGGAAGUUCCUGACCAUAACAACCGAGAAGCCCCGGAGUGAAGGAGCAACAAACGUCGUCUAGCGCACCUGACGUGAGCACUCAUCACUAAUGAUACAAUGUCCAACAUAAUCUUUGCUGAGCGAGAGAACGCAUGUCUUCAGCCACCUAAUCUGAAGAUGCGUCAGCGCCUUCAGUCUGCUCCAGAGAAACUUCUAUCUCCCAUGAGUGCCAAAACCUUACACACACCCCUGCAAUUGGGCCGUAAGGCUUUUGGUGCCGUCAACAAACGAAUGGCCACCCCUGUCGUCGGCACACAAGAGAAGUUAAAGCCACAGGAAACUAAAGUCAAACCUGCCUCUAUGAACAAAGUGGAGGAAUACCCAGAAAUUGAGAAGUUCAUCCCUUACGACCCACUUGCGUUCGAGAAGUACGGCGUGCCUGAGGAUUUGAUUCCCCUCGGUGACUUUGCGCUGCCCGGACUGGCACGUUUCCCUCGAGCUCCUCGUCUGUGCGACUGCCUGGAAACUAUUGCUGCACUCCCAAAUCCAUCGCCUGUAAAGAUGCCACAACGUUCAGAUCACUGCUCGGAGCUGGACGCCUUCUUGCAAACACUGGAUGAGCUCACUGUUGAACUUCCUCCAGAAUCUUUCACCCACUGAAUGUUGAUGCAUGUUUUUGUUUUUUUGUUUUUUUUACUGAAAUAAAGUUUAUUUUAUCUGUUCUUGCCAUCUCA